GGUCGGUGUACUUACAUACAAGUAUCAGAACUGCCAAUUACGCGUGCUGCGAUACCUCAAAUCUCCAGCAUAGUCGGUACCCGCCAUCCCAUCACCACCCACCCGGUCCAUGCUGGCCCAUCCCAUCAAGUCCCCUCCCUCCCUGACGGUUGACCUGAGCCCUCCUCCUCCUCCUCCUCCUGCACUACUCCUCCCUCUCCUCUCUCUCUUGGUUCGCUUGGUUCUCUUGGUCUUUCUGCUGCCACCCCCGUCCGUCCUGAUCAACCCCCCCGGUCUCUCGUCCCUCGUCCCUUGUCGUGUGUUUCCAUCAAUCAAUCAAUCUCCCAUCCUUCGCUGCCUCGUCCAUCCACAUUCCUUCUUGCGUCCCCUUCCAUUCCUUUACACCACCCUCGCUUUUUUCCUCUCUUCCCUUCCCUUCCCUUUUACUCCUCACGCUCGCUCUCCUCUUGUCGCCCCCACCUCUUCCCCGACCUCGUCUCUUCGACAGUCGAAUUCGACAUCCUCUCGCCUCCGUCAAGAAUCCAUCCGGCGACGUCGAACCUCCUCCUCCGAUUCUCAACCUGCGCCUCUUCACGCCGUGAAAGGGGUCUUUUUUUUUUGCCGUCGAGCCGAUCUAGCCGCCCCCUUAUGUGCUUUGGACGCAUUUGAAGAUCGUCGUCGAGGUUCCGCCGUGUCGACAACUUUCAGUUUCCCCCAUGCAUUCGACAAAGGGAACUGCCAUAAUCUCAGCCGACGUGACGGAUCAAUAGACGUCCUCGCCCACUUCAAUCCGACGAUAUCUCGUCGAGUCACUCAUUAAACACACCCCAACUACCAACCGCCACGCUCAUUGACAAUUUCUUGUCAAGUACAUUCGUUCUAUAACACCCUGACAAAAACCC